AUGUCUGCAGAUCCAAAUUCCCCUAUUUAUCUCGCCCACACCUACAUCUCUAACGCCCGGUUCCACCAGCGCUUCACCGUCGAACCCACUGCCACACAUGGCCCCCUAAAUGUAACCUACGCCGAGUUCGGGCGGCAACCCGACGAGUCAGGGCCUCCCCCGACCAUUCUUCUGAUUCCAGGGAUGUUUUCCUCCCGGUACCUUGGCAUACAACUACAUGCGAUAGCCGAUAAAAUAGGUGUUCGUGUAUUGGUUGUCGAUCGUCCUGGCAUGGGCGGUUCGACUGAUGUGCCGCUUGUACAGCGCAUGUCUACCUGGGUAGAACUUGUCCCGCGUCUUUUGUCGCAUCUCGGUAUUCAACAUGUGGCGCUGGCGUCGCAUAGUGCUGGCACUAUGUAUCUUUUGAAUACUAUGUACCAUUGUCGGGAUCUUUUGUAUCCCAUUCAUCCGACGGUCCAUAUGUUAGCCCCAUGGGUUGAUCCCGCACACUCUCUCCAAACCUCUAUGCAAAUACUCCAGUAUAUCCCAAACAAAGCGUUUGGUGUUUGGCAUCGCAUCCCGAAAUUCUUCAUGCUCCAAGCCGCACCUGCUUUCGCGUCAAGCGGGGCAGUUGUGAAGAAAGUCACAGAUGCAUUUUCCUCAAACGAUACGACUAGCCAAGACAAUUCUCGGCAGGAGAAGCAGCGCCGUCAUAUCGAGGAUGCGUAUGGGCUAUCGCGUGAUGUGCAAGCCGAACUGGACAAUCUCAUGCAUAAAUACAUGUUCGAGGAGGAGACUGUUGGCGCGAACAGUGAAGCGCUGCAGUGUCUCCGGAAAGAGCCUAACAAUACCUGGGGCAAAUGUGAAGAUUAUGAGGUUUUUGUGCGUGAUUUCGUGGCUUUGCAGCGGGGACGAGACCGAGAGAGCUCGCCGUUGAAGAUUCAGGCUUAUUUUGCCGAGUCUGAUGUUAUGAUUGGCAAGAAGGGGCAGGUAUAUUUUGAACAGCGUUGGUGUGGGACGAAUGAAGAGUAUAAGGAUGUAGUUGAAUUUGCCUCGACUACAGUUCCUGGUACUGACCAUGAUACUUUGGCAUUGUCGGUGGAGGUUUGGGAGCCGAUUCUCAAGGAUUUGAUUCGGGUCUUGGAUAAUGAUCAUGAGCAGUAG